GCUAUCUGCCAGAGAGCUGGGAGUGCAAAGGAAAUUUCCAGGGCAGGCUAUUAUUGCUCAGAAACACGCACAGAUAAAUAAGGGGCCCCUACGGGUUUGCACUCUUAUCAAUUCCUCUUGGAAGCAGCUUUCUUACCAGCUCUUGCUCCAGCUCCUCAAUUUUUGUUAAGACAAGUAACAUCUUAGACAUGACCCCAGAGAUUCAUAUGCCAGAACCCAUGUGCCUCAUUGGCAACACCGAGGAACAGCUAGUGGCUAACCAGGAAGCCCUGAAGAUCCUGUCUGCCAUCACAGAGCCAGUCGUGGUGGUGGCAAUCGUGGGCCUCUACCGCACAGGCAAAUCCUACCUGAUGAACAAGCUGGCUGGGAAGGAGAAAGGCUUUGCUGUCGGAUCCACUGUGCAGUCUCACACCAAAGGGAUCUGGAUGUGGUGUGUGCCUCAUCCCCAAAAGCCCGGCCACACCCUGGUACUUCUUGACACUGAGGGCCUGGGAGAUGUGGAGAAGAUUGAUGAAAAGAAUGAUACUCAGAUCUUCUCACUGGCCAUCCUUCUCAGUAGCACCUUUGUAUACAACACCAUGAACAAAAUUGACCAGGGAGCUAUCGACCUACUGCACAAUGUGACAGAACUCACAGAUCUGCUCCAAACAAGAAACUCCUCUGGCGUUAAUGAAGCUGAGGAACCUGCUGACGUGAGCUUCUUCCCAGACUUGGUGUGGACUCUGAGAGAUUUUUACCUGAGCUUGGAAACUGACAGACAUGCCAUCACGUCAGAUGAGUAUCUGGAAAAUUCGCUGAAGCUGAAACAAGGUAGUGAUGAGAAAACCCAAAUGUUCAAUCUGCCACGACUCUGCAUACAGAAGUUCUUCCCAGUAAAGAAAUGCUUUGUUUUUGAUUCUCCUACUCAUGGAAAAAAGCUUUCCCAGCUCCAGACACUCAGGAGUGAUGAGCUAAGUCCAGAUUUUCUGCAGGACCUGUCAGAAUUCUGUUCUCACAUCUUCACCCAUUCUAAGAUCAAGACGCUUCCUGGAGGCAUCCAGGUCAAUGGACCCCGUCUGGAAAGCCUGGUGCAGACCUAUGUUGAUGCCAUCAACAGCGGAGCUUUGCCCUGCAUAGAGAACACGGUGGUAACCUUGGCCCGGAGAGAGAAUUCGGCCGCCGUGCAGAAGGCCAUCACCCACUAUGACCAGCAGAUGAGCCAGAGGGUGCAGCUGCCCACAGAGACCCCCCAGGAACUGCUGGAACUGCACAGGGCCUGUGAGAGAGAGGCCAUGGAAAUCUUCAGGAAGCAUUCUUUCAAGGAUGAGGACCAAUGUUUCCAGAAGGAAUUGGAGAGCCUACUAAGUGCAAAGCAGGAUGAGAUUUGUAAGAAGAAUAUAGAGGCUUCUGCAAACCACUGCUCAGCCCUACUUGAGAGUAUUUUCAAACCUCUGGAACAAGAAGCGGCACAGGGCAUCUAUGCUAAACCAGGAGGCCACAAUCUCUUCCUUCAGAAGAUGGAACAGCUGAAGGCACAGUAUCGCCAGCAGCCAGGGAAGGGAACACAGGCAGAGGAAAUGCUACAGCAGUAUUUGAAGGCUAAAGAACCACUGAGCAAUACAAUUCUGCAAACAGACCAAGCUCUCACAGCCAAGGAAAGGCAGAGGAAAGAGGAACGAGAGAGAGCCAGCGCUGCAAGGGCUGAAGCACAGAGGCUGGAGGCGAUUCGCAUCCAGGAAGAGCAAAGGAGAGCAGAGGAGGAGAGACAGUAUCAAGAGAAACUGAGGCAAAUAGAGAUCAACAAUGCAAACUUCAAGGCGAGUCAACAGAGGAUCCAGAAACAGAGGCUCCAGGAAGAGGCUGAGAGGAUCAAGGCAGCACAGGAAGCUGAAUUCAGAAAACUUCAAGAGCAGCUUCAAGCCAUGAGGGAAAGGAGCCACCACUCAUCAAAUGACUGUAUCUUACUCUAAUACACCAAAACCCAGGACUUCCUUUUCUCAUUGCUUCUCAUUGAAGACGCAAAAGAACAAGAGACUAAAGGACCUGAGGCAACCAUUAGUACCGAAGCUCCACUGUCCCCUGUGCGACUGCCAUCCUUAUUGCAAAGUCUUUUAAGUUAUUCAGGAGUGUUAACCAAGUGGAACUUGACCAACAUCUUGAAUUCCUGCUGGUGGACAUGGGAAGGAGGUUCUAAUGAGAACUUAGAAACAAUGCGUAUUUCUCAUGUGGCUAAAGGCUUCUAGUCUGUGGGCAGUGGGCUGACUCCUCAGUACCAUCCGUUGUCCAUCUGCAUGUUCUUGCUCUCCUUUUCUUUGGGAACCCAAUCACAUUAUAGUCAACCUUGUCAAAUGCCCAGCUAUCAUGUCACUCAUACUUAGAUGUAGAUUUGUUUCUACUGAUUGCCUUCUCUACCACGUUCACAUUCUGUCUUUUGUCAUGUUCAUUAAAGAAAUUCUUCAUCACUGAUACUGUGUUUUUGAUGCACAGAAUUGCCAUUUGGCUCUGUCUGUUUUCAUUUUUCUUCCUUAAAGUCUACACCUGCCCAUGCAUUUUGCUCACUUUCUACAAGAUUCUUAAACGUAGUAAUCAUACUGAGUUUAAAUCAUUUUAAUAUUUAAAAUUUAAAAAUGUAAGUGAUUUCUGCUCAUUCAGAGUCUACCUGGGUCUAUUUGCUUUAUCUCUUUAAAAUAAAGACUACACUUGGUUUUUC